ACGGAACUAGCCCGCCAGCAGGCAGCUACAAACCCACACACACCGACCCGUAUCUCUGUCUCUCUUCUCCUUCUUCCUUCAACCUUGUUCUGCUGAAUCUCCAGAGAGGGGAAAGCUUUUGCCUUCUUCUCGUCCUCCCAAGAUUCAAGAUCCACUUUUUUCUCGGAAACCAAUCGCGAGCCAACCAAAACAAUCACCGGAAAAGGGACAAAUUCCCUUUUCAAUUCUCUAAUUCUCCUCGAGGAGCUCCUCCUCGCCUCUCGAAUACGUUUUGAGGUCUUUGUAACCUUUUUCUUUUGUCGGAGAAGAUGGUUGCCUUUGGGAAAAGCUAAAGGAAAGGCAAAUUCAAGAAUGGCAAGGAUACUAUAUCAACUACAAAUUGAUGAAAAGAGAGUGAAACAAUAUGGCCACCAAAUUGAAGUUGGAACACUAGAUCGGCGCCAUGUUCUCAAGGACUUCUCGAGAAUGCUUGAUUGUCAGAUUGAAAAGAUAGUCCUGUUUCUGUUGGAGCAACAAGGGCUACUUGCAGGAAGGAUAGCCAAGCUUAACGAAGAUCAGGAUGCUCUACAACAAGAGCCAGAUAUAGCGAAGCUAUCCCAGUUGCGGGAAAAUUAUAGGGAUGUCGGGGAGGGACCUUUUGAAGCUUCUUUUCUUUGUUGAAAUAAAUGCUGUGGGCCUGCGUAAGAUCCUGAAGAAGUUUGAUAAACGUUUCGGUUAUCGAUUCACCGAUUACUAUGUGAAGACUCGAGCUAAUCAUCCUUAUUCCCAGCUUCAGCAAGUGUUCAAGCAUGUGGGUCUUGGGGCAGUUGUUGGAGCCAUAUCCCGCAAUCUUCAUGAACUUCAGGAGCAUCAAGGAAGUUUCUUAUCCAUUUAUGAUCAAUCUGUGCUUCCGCUUGAGAGGACUCUGUUGUUUGAUGCAAUGAAAGCGGCAGUUGACCGGUUAAGCCACUCAACCAACUUCUUGAACUUCUUGGCACAACAUGCACUUAUUAUGCAAGAGGAGCUUCCAACUCCCAUUGAGGAGAGCAUUGAUGAUAAGAGAUACCAUUUUAUGUCUCUUAUCCUGAAUCUGGCAAACACAUUCCUUUAUAUGAUAAACACCUAUAUUAUAGUACCCACAGCAGAUGACUACUCCAUGAGCCUUGGUGCACCGGCAACAGUUUGUGGUAUUGUGAUUGGAUCAAUGGCUGUUGCUCAAGUCUUCUCUUCAGUAUACUUCAGUGCAUGGUCCAAUAGAUCAUACUUCAGGCCUCUUGUGUUCAGCAGCAUCGCUCUUCUGAUCGGAAAUGUCAUGUAUGCAAUGGCUUAUGAUUUCAAGUCAAUCACAAUACUUCUGUUAGGCCGGCUUUUCUGUGGGUUGGGUUCUGCUAGAGCUGUGAACCGGCGUUAUAUCAGUGAUUGUGUUCCACUUAAGCUACGUAUGCAAGCUUCAGCAGGUUUUGUUAGUGCAAGUGCUCUCGGGAUGGCCUGUGGCCCGGCUCUUGCUGGCUUACUUCAAACGGAGUUUAAAAUUUACAAGUUCACAUUCAAUCAGAACACUUUACCAGGCUGGGUUAUGGCUGUGGGUUGGUUCUUUUAUAUGAUAUGGCUGUGCAUCUCAUUUAGAGAGCCUUUUCGCCCGACACAAGAUACCAAUGUAGCUCCACAAACCAGUGAUGGUGUUGAAAGCAGAACCAACGAGAAUGAUGCUCUUGAGAAAGGUCUUCAGCAGCCAUUGCUACCAAGUACAGAAGCCAAUCAAGAUGAUGAAGAUUGUGGGAGUGAUGAUGAAUCUGAGGGAUCCAGAGGACCAGCUAACUCACUUCGCUCUGCUUAUAGGCUAUUGACACCUUCUGUAAAGGUUCAGUUGUUAAUAUAUUUCAUGCUCAAGUACGCCAUGGAGAUUUUAUUAUCAGAGUCUAGUGUCGUCACAACGUACUACUUCGGUUGGUCUACUAGCUCAGUGGCAAUAUUUCUCGCCUGCUUAGGCCUCACUGUCCUUCCAGUGAAUAUCAUUGUUGGAAGCUAUAUCAGUAACAUGUUUGAAGAUAGGCAAAUCUUACUAGCAUCAGAAAUCAUGGUCUGUGUAGGCAUACUCCUAAGCUUCCACAUCUUAGUUCCAUACACCGUGCCACAAUACGUGUGCUCAGGACUCAUUAUGUUUGUCUCGGCCGAAGUACUAGAAGGCGUCAACUUAUCGUUGCUCUCGCGAGUCAUGUCAUCGAGGCUCUCACAGGGAACAUACAACGGUGGACUACUCUCGACGGAGGCAGGUACCUUAGCUCGUGUGGUGGCAGAUGUAACAAUCACAAUGGCGGGGUACUUGGGGCAGAAAACGCUGUUGAAUGUGACUCUUCUACCUUCCCUUGUCAUUUGCAUAACCUCCAUCCUCGCCACAUGCUUCACCUACAACUCGCUAUAUUGAUUCUGUAGACUUAUAUCUAUCACAUUAGUAAAGCGAAGCAGCCAAAUUUUGGCGUUUCUUCGCUUAUAGCUAUGUGAUUAGGUAGUCUUCUUCUCCUUCUUAUUCUUCUGUGUCGGAUCAGUUCUCCUGUAUAUUUGGUAGAAACCCAGCUCCAUUAAAUUCUCCAUUGUUCUUAAUAAAAAUGUAGACGCACACCACACCAACUAGCUAGCCUAGCAGCAUGUCCAUUAAAGCGUCUGAGAACUGAGCCAGCUGCUUGCUGCCUCUAGCAUAAGUAGAUGGAUUUAUUUACUGUGAAUUUGUUUUCUUCAGAAUUCCUCAACAAUCAUAUCCUUGCCCUUGGC